AUGAAAAGAAAGGAAAACAACUUCCGCUUUCAGUAUACGAAAAAAGUUGAAGAGGAGCUAAAUCAUAUUUGUCAAUGGGCUUGCUUUCAAAAGCAGAAUGUUGUCAUUUUAGGAGAUCUAAAUUUGGACAGACUAAAAUUGGAUCAUGCUGAGGGGAAAAUCCUGAAGGAUUUAGAAGAAAUCAACAAUCUACAAUGUAUAACUGAAGCUACCCGAGUUACAGAACAUUCUGAAUCCCUUUUGGAUGUUAUUUUAACAAACAAUCCUGGUCUAUUUAAGAAAUGUGGAACUUAUCAACCGGAAAUGAGUGACCACCAUCUGGUAUUUGCAGAAAUGACCGAGAAAGUUCACAAACACAAGACCCAUACCAUUACUUUCCGGCAGACAAAACAUACAGAUUUUGAACAACUUAACCGGGACUUGGCGGCCGCUCCUUGGCAUGUUGGAGAGAUUUUUAGUAAUGUAAAUAAUCAAUAUGAUUAUUGGAAAGGUUUGCUUAAAAGCAUGGUCGAUUUACAUGCACCCAUUCAGAAGAAACGUGUCCGAGAGCGAGAUAUACCCUAUAUGACUCCAGAGUGGAAACAAGCUAUUAGAAACAAAAGAAAAUUUGCCAUUCAGUUUGCAAAAGACCGUUCUCCUGAUAACUACGAACUUAAACGUAAAUACAGGAAUAUUGCAACACGGGAACGAAGAAAAGCGAUAAAGUCAUAUUGGCUAAGAAAAUCAGAAGAGCUGAAGUCUAAACCCGGUGAAUUCUUUAAUACAUUCAAACCAUUUAUCAGCAGCAAGACAAAAGAUACCAAUGUCAUCUGCUUAAAAUCUGAUGAUGAAGAGGUUGAAAAAGAUCAAAAAGUGGUAGCUGAACUCCUGGCAGACCACUUCAACACAGUAGCAGCUAAUAUUGGAGGCAAUCAUGUGAUCAACCUUUCUGAGAAUGAUCAUAGGAAUCACAGCAGCAUCAGGAUUAUUGAAAGUAAGCAUAGAGGAAAUAAGUUUGAGUUCAAUGACUUUAGUAAAGAGGAAGUACAGAGUGCACUUGAAAAUCUCAACUUAAGAAAGUCAUAUGGGUGGGAUGUGACAGCACUGCCAAAACUGCUCAAGGGAAUGGCACCAUCUCUGACUAGGCUGUAUAAUAAAUGUAUUAAUUCAGGCGAAUGGCCAUCUGAAUGGAAGAGAGGUGAGUGGACACCAGUGUUUAAGAAAGGCAAUAGGCAGGAUAAGAUGAACUACCGCCCAAUUACCUCACUGAUAUGUGUGAAUAAGAUCUUUGAACAGAUACUUAGCAAACAGUAG